GGUCCGGCCUCCCGCUGCAGCCCUUGCACACUUCUAAAAACGCCCUAAGAUUUCGCGGGAAAAUAGAAAAAAAUCCAAGCAGCUGGACGCGCCAGGAGCCGAUCGCGCACUCCUGGGCACCGUCAGGUCCGCUGCCACGCACGCGUCUCACCCUACGAUCGCCAGGUCCAAAGCCCCAGCCCAGGGCCAGGCACUGCAGAAGAGAGGGGAGUACGGAUCGCUGCCGCCGGAGCUUAGCAUCCAUCACCAUGUGGAUCCAGGUCCGGACCAUGGAUGGGAAGGAGACCCACACUGUGGACUCUCUGUCCAGGCUGACAAAAGUGCAGGAGCUGAGGAAGAAGAUUCAAGAGCUGUUUCGCGUGGAACCUCACCUGCAGAGACUGUUUUAUAGAGGCAAACAGAUGGAGGAUGGCCACACCCUCUUUGACUACGACGUGCGCCUCAAUGACACAAUCCAGUUGUUGGUGCGCCAGAGCCUGGCACUGCCUCCCAGCACCAAGGAGCGCGACUCGGAGCUCUCAGACACUGACUCUGGCUGCUGCCUGGGCCAGAGUGAGUCGGACAAGUCCUCCACACAUGGCGAGUCAGCUGAAGGGGAGAAGGUCGAGUGGGAGGAGACAGAACUGGGGCUGUACAAGGUCAAUGAGUAUGUGGACGUCCGGGACAAUGACCUGGGUGCCUGGUUUGAGGCCCAGGUGGUGCAGGCUCUGAGGAAGGCCCCUGGCCAGGAUGUGCCCUGUAGCUCCAGUGCCAGCCCGACCCCAGAGGACACCAUCAUGUACCGCAUCAAAUACGAUGACUACCCGGAGGAUGGUGUGGUGUUCAUCCAUGCUAAGGAUAUCCGAGCCCGAGCUCGCACUGUCCUGCCAUGGCAGGAGCUGGAGGUGGGCCAGGUGGUCAUGGUCAACUACAACGUGGACUUCCCUAAGAACCGUGGCUUCUGGUAUGAUGCUGAGAUCCGCAGGAAGCGCCAGACCAGGACGGCACGGGAGCUGUAUGCCAAUGUCACACUGGCGGGCGGCUCCUACCUCAAGGACUGUCGGAUCGUUUUUGUGGAUGAAGUCUUCAAGAUCGAGCGCCCAGGCGAGGGGAGCCCUCUGAUUGCCAGCCCCUCGCGACCCCCUCCUGCCCUCCGGCACACAGGGAAGAGUGGCCCAUCCUGCCGCUACUGCAAAGACGACGAAAGCAAGCUGUGUCGCAAGUGCGCUUGCCACGUGUGUGGCCAGCGUGAGGCCCCCGACAAGCAGCUGCUGUGUGAUGAGUGUGACCUGGCCUUCCACCUCUACUGCCUGGAGCCCAAGCUAAGCAGCGUCCCCACUGAGCCUGAGUGGUACUGCCCUGGUUGCCGGAUUGAUUCCAGUGAGGUGGUUCAGGCCGGGGAGAGGCUCAGAAAGAGCAAGAAGAAGGCCAAGAUGGCGUCUGCCACCUCGUCCUCCCAGCGGGACUGGGGCAAAGGCAUGGCGUGCGUAGGCCGUACUAAGGAGUGUACCAUCGUCCCCUCCAACCACUAUGGGCCGAUCCCCGGUGUCCCUGUGGGUACCAUGUGGCGUUUCCGAGUCCAGGUCAGCGAGUCAGGUGUGCAUCGGCCCCACGUGGCGGGCAUCCACGGCCGUAGCAAUGAUGGCGCCUACUCACUCGUGUUGGCAGGUGGCUAUGAGGAUGACGUGGACCACGGGAAUUUCUUCACAUACACGGGCAGUGGCGGCAGAGACCUUUCUGGUAACAAGCGGACAGCAGAACAGUCCUGUGACCAGAAACUGACCAACACCAACAGGGCACUGGCACUCAACUGCAGUGCCCCAAUCAACGACCGGGAAGGGGCAGAGGCCAAGGACUGGCGCUCUGGGAAACCAGUACGUGUGGUGCGCAACAUGAAGGGCGGGAAACACAGCAAGUAUGCACCGGCCGAGGGCAACCGCUAUGACGGCAUCUACAAGGUGGUAAAGUACUGGCCGGAGAAGGGCAAGUCUGGCUUCCUUGUGUGGCGCUACCUCCUGAGACGGGAUGACGAUGAGCCGGGGCCCUGGACACGUGAGGGGAAGGAACGCAUCAGGAAGCUGGGGCUCACCAUGCAGUACCCUGAAGGCUACCUGGAAGCCCUGGCCAACAAGGAGAAGGGGACUGGGAAACAUUCCAAGGCCUUGCAGCAGGAGCCUGCUGACCCCUCGACACCUGAGAAGGGCAAGUGGAAGCGGAAGUGUGCAGGCCAGGGCAGCCCAGCCAUGCGUACAUCUAAGAAGACAAAGCUGGAGCCGCACACCCUGCCCCCGCAGCAGCACAGUCUUAUCAAGGAUGACAAGACCAAUGCCAAGCUGUGGAACGAAGUGCUCAAGUCCCUCCAGGAUGGUCCGUUCCAGGUCUUCCUGAGCAAGGUGGAGGAGGCCUUCCAAUGCAUCUGUUGCCAGGAGCUGGUGUUCCGGCCUGUCACCACCGUGUGCCAACACAAUGUGUGCAAGGAUUGUCUGGACAGGUCCUUCCGGGCACAGGUAUUCAGCUGCCCUGCCUGUCGCUAUGACCUGGGUCGCAGCUACGCCACACGCGUGAACCAGCCUCUGCAGGCCAUCCUCAACCAGCUCUUCCCGGGCUACGGCAACGGCCGGUGAUCCCCAAAGCCAGACAGAAGCCCAUUGUUCACCAUUGGUUUUUUUAGUGGGUUUAACUUAAAAACACAUAGUUCUUCCUCCCUCAAGACACCAUCCUCCCUGGUUCUCAGUUAAUCUGACAUCCCCAGGAAUGCUCAUGUUCUGGGUACCAAUUGGACUCUCGGUUUUUUUUGGUUUUUGUUUCAUUUUUCUUUGUUUAUACAAAGCCUGCAAUUGAUCUGCAAGACAGAAAAUUCUCCAUGACUAUUUUUUCUUUUGGAAGAUGGAGUUAGAAACCUUGGGCCAUGGACUGGACCUUAAAGUCAGCUUUCAGAAGUCCCCACUGCCGACCAGCUAGCCAGCUGUCUGGCUGCCUAGAACAGUUUAGAACAAUCCGUAACAGUCUGUGACCUUGGCCUCUUUGAGGUCAAAGCUGGGCACAUCCUCCUGAGAGCUGUCCUCAGGGAGACGUGGACAGCCCCAGCCCAGCUUCAGCCCUGGCCUCCGCCAUUUCCUCUCAUGCCUCUGUCCCUGUGGCGCAGCCGACACUACCUCAGCGGGACUGGACUCUCGUGAGGGCUGCACGUGGGACAGGCCAGGGGACCCAACAAGCAGAAGCUGGUCAAGUGCCUUUGGGUGGCUGCAUCUCUCUGUAGACUGGGCUCACUGUCUUCAGCACUGAAUGCCGAACAAAUUUGGAAACCUGGCUAGGAAACUGGCUGUCCAGGUGUCCCACCUUGGCUGGAAUUGUGGAGGUUUAAGUUGCAUUGAUUUAGUUCCAAUUUUUUUUUUUUUUUUUUUUAAACUCAGCAAUUUGAGAAUUACAAGUUGUUUUUGUUAAAUCAAAUGAAUGCUUUUUUGAAAUGAAUUUUUCUUGUAGUUUGUGUGUGAGAUGGAACCUUGCGGUUUGCUUUUCAUUCGUUGGCUUUUGUUGCAUUUUUUUUUUUCUAACUUACCAAAGUUUGUAGCAAUACCUCAGCGGAACAGGGAGACUGAGCCACAUAGCUGCGCAGUCUGGGGCGCACUGUUUUAAAAGGGCCAUAUUUUUUUCUUUGUAGGAUUGUAAACAUUAGGGGGGAAACAACAAAACUGUCUAUAGAUGUUUUCUAAAGUUCAAUAUUCUUUGUGCAGGUUUUAGAUUCUCAGAAUAAAUGUUAUUUCGCAGAUAUA